AUGUCGAAACCCACUGAAUCUAACCUUAUUGCUGCAAAACAUGUUCUAAGGUAUUUGAAAGGCACAAUUGAGCAAAGAUUGAGAUUCAGGAAAUCUGAUAGCACUCUAAAACUUAUUGGGUUUUGUGACCCAGAUUGGGGAGGUGAUGUUUGUGACAGGCGUAGCAUAUCUGGCUACGGUUUUCAGUUGUUGGACGAGGGUCCUUUAGUUUCUUGGAGAAGUCGAAAACAGCCAACUGUUGCACUGUCCACAUGUGAGGCAGAGUAUAUGGCACUGAUAGAUGCAGUACAGGAAGCCAAGUUCUUAAAGCAGUUGUGUGUUGAUUUAAAUAUUGUUCAGGUAAGUUAUAGUGUUCUGGUAAAUGGUGACAACCAAGGUGCAAUCAAUUUAGCUAAGAACCCUAUGUACCAUAAAAGAUCAAAACAUAUCGAUGUGAAGUAUCAUUUCAUUCGAAGUGAAGUUCGAACAGGUAGUAUAGUAUUAGCAUAUAUUCCAACGGACGAGAAUGUAGCAGAUAUCUUUACAAAGCCAGUUAGUAAAGUCAAGUUAGAUAAGUUUGGACCAUUUAUUUCAGCAUAA